AUGGUAGGAGUCGUAGGUGACGCGGGGGUGGUAGACACCCUGGAGGCACGGUUGGAGAACGCGACGAGGAAGCACGAGGCCAACGAGUAUGGCGACUUGCCUUGGGCGGUCGUUGAGGCUGGACUCCGCUCCACGUGGGCGACGGAGCACCCGUCUCGACCUGCCUCUCCUCGUCCGGUGAACAACGAUGGCGGCGUCGACGUGGGCGUCAACGCCGGUGGUGGUCAAGUCGGCAGCAGUGCUGGAGGCACGUCGAGGCUAAGAGGUGUGAUACAUGCCGGUGAAGUCGGCGGCGUUCAGGCGCGAGGGAUGCAGACGUCGGCGGCUGCAGGCUCUUCGCAGGGUGACGUCGGAGGCCGACGUAGUGGGCUGUCGCCGAUGACGGCGACCCAGGUGACGGCAGGUGGGAUUGCGCCGAGCUACGGCUACUUCAAGUUCACGCCGGACAGGAUCUCGGUCACCCCCCCACUGUUCGGUCGACCCGACAUUCUCACCUGGAAGGAAGCUAUCGAGCCCCAGCUGAAGAUGGCUGGGCUGAUCGGCUUCGCCCGAGGGACCGUGGUGACGCCUGGAGAACACCACCCCGACUUGCGGGCGGAGUUCCGCGCCGUGCAGCUUUUGACCUUCACGGUCAUCUCGCGGUGCUGCUCGCCGGGCGUGCAGAUCGCCUUAAAGUGGUGCCGGGAGUACAUCGACGCCGGCCACCGGGCGUGGCACUUCAUUGAGUCGACGUACCAGGUCACCGAUGACCUGUUCAUCGCCCAGCUGGAGGGACAGCUGACGCACCUGCGUAUGGGUGACGAGGAGACAGCGACUGACUACUGCAACCGAGCCCGGCGAAUUCUCGCCACUAUCAGGAUGGCCGGCGCGCAGUACUCCACGGCGUCGUACAUCACCCAUGAACUCUUGGUGCAGGCCAGCUUCGUCGCCCCGGCGAAGCAAGGAGGCCGACCAGGAGAGCGCGGACAGUCUGGUGGCGGCGGGAGCGGUGGCUGGAAGUCGACCAAGGAGGUCGAGAAGAAGUCGACCAAGGACGGCGGUCAAGGAGGGGGAGGUCGACGUCGGGAGUGCUGGAUCUGCCACAGCCCCAAUCACCUCUCCUUCGAGUGUCCCGACCGCAGUGACUCCGACGACGACAACAAGGGCGGCCGCGAGAGGUCAAGCAGUCGUCGUCCUCGUCGAGGAGGAAACCGGCCGCGCAAGGAGAAGCAGUCGACCAAGACGUCGACUUCGGCGAGCGACGCCGACUCCCCUGCUGGAAGCAAGGCGCGGGAUGACAAGACGGCGUCGUGCUCGCUGGUCGGCGUCGUGGAGCCGACCGUCUCGCUGGCACCGGAGGCCGGAGAGGACUUCCAGGCGGUGGCGGCAGCUGUGCAGGCGAACCCGGCAGUGGUCCUGCUCGACAGCGGUUGCUCCCACCACCUGAUGGGGACGAAGGAAGUCUUCGUCGACCUGCAGCCGAGCGGCUUCAUCAAGCACGUGCGCGGCUUCAAUGGGGCGCUGCAGGAUGUCCAGGGCCGCGGCACCGUCGCCCUGCAUGGGGAGGCCGGGAAGCAGGUGCUCAUCCCCGACGUGCUGUACGUCCCGGGUGUGCGGGCGAACUUGCUGUCGUCCGGCCAGCUUAAGGAGCACGGCGUGAAGCUGCAAGAGGACGGCGACGGGAUGGUGCUCGUCUCGGCAACGGGAGAGGUGCUCGGUCGGGCGAUGUACUCCGGGCGUGUCCUCUGCACCGACCUGCGUCCCUGCUCAACGAGGUCGACGUCGCCCACGACGGAGGUUGUGGCUCUGCGGGCGAUCGUCUCAAAGACGAAGUCGACGCCGGACCGUAUGCAUGCCCGGCUUGCACAUGUCGGCAUGGACACCAUACGGAGCUCGGCGAAGAACGAGGUCGCCAUUGGGCUGGACCCCAAGUCGGCGACGGGCGCCGACUCCCCGUGUGUCUCGUGCGUCGGCGGGAAGCUGGCGCGGCACACCUUCCCCGACCAAGGCUCCGACGCCGACGAUGUGCUGGCCGUCGUGCACAUCGACCUGUGCGGGCCAUUCCGCGUGGCUGCCAAGGAUGGCAGCCUGUACUUCUUGUUGCUGAAGGACCGCAAGACCCGCUACGUGUGGGUGAAGCCGGUCACCAAGAAGUCAGAUGCGUUGCCGGCGUUCGUGCAGUGGCUGGCAGUGGCUGAGCGGCAGACGAAGAAGUUGGUGUUAAUGCUGCGCUCUGACCGGGGAGGGGAGUUCCUCGGGAAGCAGUUCACCGACUUCGUGAACGGCAAGGGGAUCGUCCACGACCUGACCUGCCCAUACACCCCGCAGCAGAACGGCAUGGCGGAGCGGGAGAUGAGGACGGUGGUGGAGUCAGUGCGGACAAUGCUGCUGCACAUGGGCGUGCAGCACCACUGGUGGCACCUCGCUCUCCGGCAGGCCGUCUGGGUCCGCAACUGCCUUGAGAGGUCGGCGCUGCCGCCGGGGACGACGCCGUACCAAUUGCUGACCGGGAAGAAACCCGACUUGUCGCUGGCGCGGGUGUGGGGCUGCAUGGCGCAGUUCUUACUCACCGAGCAGCACCGUGGUGGGAAGCUGCAGCCGAAGGCCAGGUGGGGCCUGCACCUUGGCGUGUCCGCGGCGAGCAAGGGCUGGGAGCUCCUCGACGUCGACGCCGACCGGGUGGUCACCACGUCGGAUGUGGUGUUCUACGAGGAGCUGACGCUGGCCGAGUGGAAGAAGGAGUACGGGUCGGUGUCCGGCCGCUCGUCGCCCACCCCGCCCUCUGACACCUCGUCGGCGACGCUGCCACUGCUUGCCGAGGUCGGUGAGCUUGCUAUUACGGACGUCGAGGACGUCCGCCCCCCUACCCCUCCCCCUCCGACCCCUGCCCCUCCCCUCGUGGCCGACGUGCAUGGGCUGACCUCGGUGUCGGCCUCCGGCGAUGAGGGGAGUAGCGGGACGUCGACGUCGACGGGGGAGGAGCAGGUCGAGAAGCAGGUCGAGGACCAGCGGCCGACAAAGGAGCAGGCAGCAGUGACGCCGACCAAGGAGCAGUCGGCGACCGGGCAGUCGGCAGGGGAGCCGACCAUAGGGGAGAAGUCGGCUGGGACGCCGGCUGAGGAGCAGCAGGACGCCGAGGGCAGCGACAACAGCAACGAUGGAGGGGACGCCGAGGAGGUCCAGCCAGGACCACGGCGUUCAGGCCGACUUCGGAGAACGCCUGACUUCUUCGUCCCCGCUGCCUUCACCACGGUGUACGACGUGGACGAUGAGGCUGACGACCUGCUGUACGACGAUGCCGAGGAGGAUGAAAAGUUUCCAGAGCUCGACCCCGACAUGCUAGCCGACCCCGAGCACCGUUGGGACAUCUCGACGAUGACGGUGAAGGAGGCGUUGGCGAGCUAG